UUGUAACAUUCACUUCUUCCAGGUUUCAUCUGCGAUUCCAUCUGAGCUUCGCACAGCUGUUUACAGAGCAGAGGGCUCAAAAAAACACAAAGUCAAAGCAAAAGAAGGCAAAAUGGGUUUUGCAUAUGUGUGAAAGUGAAAAGUCUGAAAUUCUUCCUGUUUCUACCCGUUUAAGUUGCCAUACAAGAACAUGCAUGAAAUUUCAAGCUGGUUACGAUCACAAAACUAUCAGAGAGAAAAAACCUCCCUGUUAUGAUAAAACUGAACCCAUUAUUGACGAUGUAGUAUCUCAUAUUUUGAGAAUGAGAGAUAGACUUGGGUGGGAGACAUCAUUACCACGACGUGGAUUUGAAGCUAAACCGGCAAAUUUAGCUGAUUUUCAGAAGAUCACGUUGCCGAAAGGUGCAUUACGGAAAGAUGAUGGAGAGUUUGUAUAUUGUCUCAUAAGAAAUAGAAAUGACCCUAAAGCAGACUAUGAUCCAUAUGACCUCCAAGUAGUCUCUCCAAGUAUGGCCAAACAAAGUAAAGAAUAUUGGACUGUUACCGCUUCAUAUGUAUCCAAGUUUACUUUAGUGUGUGGAAAAGAAAUGGAAAUAAUACCAGUAAUCGAGUGGUUGUGUGAAAGACAAAUUUAUUAUGCAUUACGAAGUAUCGAUAUAUGUUUUAAUUUCAGAAAAAGGAAAUAUUUUAUCACCUGGAAAAGCAAUGUUAAGAGAUCAAAAAUAGAGAACAGCAAAAUGCUGUUGUAUAAACGUUUGUUUCUGGCUGAUGAGAUAUUACAAAAAUGCUUGCUUUAUAUUCAAGCAUUGUGUGAGGACUUGAGUAACACCGAGAAGCACAAAUUGUCAGAAGAUAAAACUAUCAGUUUCAUAAAGAUAGACAUAUCCCACACAUACACUUUGGAUGAAUUUUGUGAGGAACAAUACAAACAAAGUCAACAGGCACUCAUUCAGAUACAAGAUUUUAAGGAUAAAGUAAUCAAAGUAAUCCGGACCUCUUUCUUAAAGAUAGCUGAAAUGAAGGGAGCAGAAAAGCUUUUUCCACGUUUGCCAGAUGAUGCCAGAGAAAAACCAAAACACUUUGAGAUAGCUGGAUGGCGGCACAUAAUGGAAGACUUUUCUAGGUUUCUUCAGCUUGUUGACCGAAUGUUUCAAGAACUGCUUCGAAAAUUGGUUCACAAUGCUUUAAACCUUCUUUUGGAGAUAUUUGAAGGCUCUAAUACUAUGGCAGUUUCAAAACUGAAGACAAAUGAGGACCUUAUAUGGGCAUAUAAAAAAACAAUUGAGAGAGCAAAUAGCUUAUCGAAUACUGAGAAUAGACAUCAACAGAUGUUUCAAGCCGAUUAUUUUGAGAUACCGCAGGCAUCAUCACGCCAUUUAAAAAAGCCUGAGCCACAAGUAGAAAUCAUUACUGUUAGUGAUAUAGACAAGAUACUGGAAGAUGUGAAAAGGCAACUGAGAGGAGAGGAAGAAUAUGUGCCAAUAUUUGAAAUAAAUAUAUAUCUUAGAAUUCCUUAUGAAAAGGAACUUUGUCGAAAAUACAUCCAGGAGGAUGAUGAUAAUUAUAUCUCAGAAACCUCAUUAGUACCUUUCAAUGAAACAUUGGAAGAUGAAGAUUUGAAACAAUUAUCUCAAUGUGACAGACAAAGCAAACAUGACGGAUCGGAAAAUUCUAUGCUACUACAGCCAGAUACAUCCAACGAUGAAAAAACCAUUUUGAACCUUUUGCCAGUAAAGAGGAAAUACAUUGUUUUCUUAUCUAGCUCUCCAGCAUUUGCUACAGAUUUCUAUCUAGCUCCUAAUAGAAGAGAGUUUUCAAUCCAGUUGCAAGGAAUAGUGGAUGCACUAGAAAACAUUAUUGAUCAAGUUCUUCCAUUUUCUCAAGAUGCCCAGCUGUCGAUCUUCACAACUCAAUCUUUACAUAAAAUAAUGCAACCUUCCAUGGAUCCUGAACCAGGACAGUAUUUAGCAACAUGGCCACACUGUGAUCUCAUUCUAGGAACAGAUCCAUAUUAUCAAAGCAAAAUUCUGAACCUUCUGUCUAUUCAAAGUUGUUCACUGGGCCGAAUAGAAUCUUACAGCAGAAACUUUUUAAAUUAUUGCAAUAUGGUUGAUAAAGCAAAAAAUACAACUGACGCUAUAUUUUCACUAAAUAGAGAAAUGUCUGCGGCAGAGUUCAGAAACAUUCUGGAAAACUAUACCGCUGAUAUAAAGGAGAUUGUAUGUAUGAUCACUGAAAAGAACAUCUCUAUGUUUAAGGUCCAGAGUUUCAACUUUCAAAAGGAUUGUCUCCCAUUUUUUGAAGCUCUCAUUAGUAUAAUUCUUAGCUGCUUUUAUGAAGUAAUGGAUGCAAAGAAUGUACAUCUUGUAGAAGUCAUCAGGACAGCAGUUGCAAAGCUGAGCAAAGAACUAGUGACAGUGGAUGGAUUCAUUGAACAUUUGCUAUAUCUCCAACAAAUUUCUGAAGAACUACCAAAAAUAAAGAUUCAGUAUAACAGUCUUUCUGAGCUCUACUUCAUUGCAAAAGACUAUGACAUCUUUCUUCCACUUCAGCAACUUGCUCUCUAUCAGACUGUUGUGCGAACACUCCAGAAUCUUCAGUCAACUAUCCUCAUUUGUGAAAAAAUGAAGGAUGAUUAUGUUAUAAAGUUCAAUGAAGGAUUGGCAGAAUAUAUUGACAAUCUUCAGGCUGAACUGAGGGAAUACAAAAACAAAGUACGAAACCCUGUCCUCCUCCUCAGUGAAACCUUGCCUAAGACGGCUAAUGAGAUUAUUGAAAGCCUAAUAGAAGAAGCAGCUGAUAUUAAUGAGAAAAUACUGAACUAUGCAAAUUACCAGACUGUUUUUGACAGUUCAGUUAAUGAGAUGAAAUCUACUUCCUUGGAAAAGAUGUCACAUGGAGCUCAGUCCGGAGACUGUCAGAGGGCAACUGUUGAGCUCUCUGAAAUUGAAAGUGAUCUAGUAUUGCGUAAAUUGUUGUGGGAUUCAAGACAGGAAUGGGCUAGGCUUUUUUUUAAGUGGAAACAUAUGAUUUUUUGGAACCUUGAUGUGGAUUUAAUUCAAAGAGAUGUUAACAGAUUCAUGCAGAUUGUACAGAUUCUAGAAAAAGGUUUGCCAGAAAAUACUAUUUUACCAGCUAUGAAGAAAUCAUUGUAUGAGUUCAAGGAAUUUUUGCCUAUCAUUAUAUCUUUACGGAAUCCCUGUCUUCAGUCGCGGCAUUGGGAAACAAUACAGAAUACUGUUAAGCAGACAAUUAUUGGGGAUAAAAGACUGACUCUGGAUAAGAUUCUGGAAUUCAAUAUGUUUCAGUAUAGAAAAGAAAUAAAUGAAGUAUCUGUAACAGCAACCAAUGAAGCAACUGUUGAAGCGAUGCUGAAAAAGAUAAUUGACAUUUGGUCCAAAACUGAUUUUCAUUUAUCUCAAUAUCGCACUGAAACAUCAGCUACUUUUAUUAUUUCAUCUGCUGAAGAUGUAAUUGCUUUGUUAGAAGAUUCUCAAGUGACAAUUUCAACAAUUAAAGGUUCUUGUUUCAUUGGACCAAUGAAGAGUCUUGUGGAUGCUUGGGAUCGUAAACUAAACCUGUUUUCUUGUACUCUGGAGGAAUGGUUGAAUUGUCAAAGAAAUUGGAUUUAUCUUGAGCCAAUCUUUUGUGCUCCAGAAAUAAAAAGACAGCUUCCAGAAGAAUCAAAUCUUUUCUCUCAAGUUGAUAGCAAAUGGAAAGAUAUCAUGAAACGUACAGAAGAUAAUCCAAAUGCUCUUAGGGCAACUACAACACCAGGAGUUUUUGAAACUCUGCAAACCAACAAUGCACACUUAGAGAAAAUACAGAAGGCUCUUGAGGACUAUCUUGAAGUUAAACGUAUGGUUUUUCCAAGAUUUUAUUUUCUCAGCAAUGCUGAACUUAUCGAAAUAUUAGCUGACAGCAAAAAUCAUGAUGUUGUGCAGCCUCAUCUUGUGAAAUGUUUUGCAAAUAUAAGGAAGUUAUAUAUACGCCCACAAGAACAGAGACCUCCAGUGGUUUUAAUGAUUGGAUCUGCUGAAGGGGAAAUUCUUCUAGUACCAAAGAAUGUUCGUAUUAGAGGUCCUGCUGAACUGUGGCUAGGAAAUGUUGAAAAUACCAUGUAUGAUAUGGUAAGAAGAUUUAUAACAGUUGGAAUUGCAGAAUGGAAUCAAAUGGAAUUUAAAGAAUGGUUUUUCACUCAUCCAGGACAGGUGAUACUACUUGUGAGUCAAAUAAUGUUUUCUCGUGCGUGUGAAAUGAGUUUGUCGAGUUCACAUGCAAAAAUGGAGUUGAAAGAAGGCCGCGAUGAUCUUAUCAGCCUUAUACAGGAGCUAGCAGAGAUAGCAUCAGAUAUUCUUCCCUACCACAAGCAAAGCACAUUGGAGGCAUUGGUUACUUUGUUCAUUCACUGUAGGGAUGUAAUGACUGAACUGAUAGAUAAUGAUAUUUGUAGUGCUGAAGAUUUUGCAUGGACAAGACAGUUGCGUUAUGAAUGGCAUGACUUCAACCCCUGUAAGGUUAUCCAAGGUUAUGCCUCUUUUGAAUAUGGUUUUGAAUAUCUGGGCUGCUCUCCGAGAUUGGUUAUUACUCCUCUCACAGAUCGAUGUUGGCUAACUGUUACUGGAGCUCUUCAGUUGAAUUUAGGGGGCUGUCUUUCUGGUCCAGCUGGUACAGGAAAAACAGAGACUGUCAAAGAUCUUUCAAAAGCCUUGGGAAAACUGUGUCUUGUCUUUAACUGUUCUGAAGGUUUGGAUGAUAAGGUUAUGGGGAAAUUAUUAUGUGGAUUAGUUCAGUCUGGAGCAUGGUGUUGUUUUGAUGAAUUCAACAGGAUUGAUGUAGAAGUCCUUUCAGCAAUUGCAUCACAGAUUCAGGCAAUCAAGGCAGCUAAAGAUAGUUGCGCUGUCAGAUUUCUACUGGAAGGAAAAGAAGUUCGACUGAAACCAUUCUGUGCAAUUUUUAUUACCAUGAAUCCUGGAUACAAAGGUCGUGUAGAACUCCCAGACAACUUAAAAUCAUUAUUUCGCCCUGUCUCAAUGAUGGUACCAGAUUAUGAACUCAUUGCUGAAAUAAUGUUGUGUUCAGAAGGUUUCAAGUCGGCAAAAUCACUCUCAGAAAAGAUAGUAAAUCUUUAUCAUCUUUCUAGCAAGCAGCUUUCACACCAGGAUCAUUAUGAUUUUGGUAUGAGAGCCAUAAAAACUGUCUUAAUAAGGGCUGGUCAGAAGAGGCAAGAGAUAAAAACAAAUAAAAAGAAAAAGUUUUCUACAUCAGAAGAAACUCUCAUCAUAACUACUGUCCUGAAAGAAGUUAAUUUACCAAAGUUUAUUGCUGAGGAUGUCCCACUGUUUGAGGACCUUCUGACAGAUCUUUUCCCAGGGAUGAAAGUUCAAAAAGUGAAGCAUAGACGACUGCGGAAUGCAAUAUCUGUUGCAAUACAGCAUUUAUGUUUGCAGACAUGGGAAAAUCAGAUAGAGAAAGUUAUACAAUUUCACAACCAAAUUAUGGCUUCUGUUGGUGUAAUGCUAGUAGGCCCUACAGGUGGCGGGAAAACUACAAUCAGAACAAUUUUAGAAAAAGCCCUGGUAAUCUUGCCAUUAGUAGAUACAGAAAGCUGUUCAAAACUUGAGGCUUUGUUUCAGAAUUCUUCAAAGAAAGGCAAGGUAGACACCUUUGUUAUAAACCCAAAGAGUGUUAGUCUUGGUGAACUUUUUGGGCAGAUAAAUCCUAAUACAAUGGAGUGGUCAGAUGGUCUGUUAUCAUCAGCAGUUCGAGCGUUUGCCAAACUUUCAACAAAAAAACCUAAAAAGAAGGACACAAGCACUACAAGAUCAGAAAUGCAGGACUUGUACACUUUGAAUACAGUGAAUCUCGCUGAUGCAUCCCUAAAAAAUGAAGCACUGCUCUCAAGAGAAAAUAUUCACUGUGAAAGUAUUAAUGACUGGCAAUGGAUUAUCUUGGAUGGGCCAGUAGACCCAGUUUGGAUAGAAAAUUUAAAUUCUGUGCUAGAUGACUCCAGAGUGUUAUGCCUUCCUAAUAGUGAAAGAAUCUACUUAUCACCAGGAAUCAGAAUGAUAUUUGAAGUGGACAGCCUCUCUCAGGCCAGCCCUGCUACAGUUAGUAGAUGUGCUAUGGUUUACGUGGAUCCAGUUGAUCUGGGAUGGGAACCAUAUGUUAGUACAUGGUUAGAAGGCUUUUCUGAACUAUUGGCACAAAAUGAUAUUGAUUACUUAUCAAGUUUAUUUCACUCAAGUGUAAAAAAAGGGAUGGACUUUCUAAAUGAACAUAAGAAAAUGCAACCAUUCCCUAUACAUCAGAUGGGGAUUGUAAUGAAUAUCUGCAGAAUUCUUGAUUCAUUUCUUCAGAUAAUGAUACAAAAGGAUACAUUACAACCGUCUGAAAGAAGACACAGCUCAAUGACUUUGUCACCAACAAUGAUGAAAGAAUCUCGUAGGUUAUCAAAUGCAGGCAGUGGAAUAGUCCCAUCUGUGUUGAAGAAAAGGCCAGAUCAGAUAUGGUUUUGGGAGAAGCAACCUAAUAAUAUGAUGAUGAUGUUGGGGAAACUUUAUAUAUUUGCAUUUACCUGGGCUGUUGGAGGAAUUUUAAAACGAGAGGAAGAACAUGAGGGCGAGACUCUAAUUGGUAUAUACACCAGCCACGAUGAUCUUGCGACUGUACCCCAAGACUUCAAUUACCUUGUUCGUGAGAUAUUUGAAAGACAACCACCAGCUAAUAUCCAGUUUCCAACUGACAACAAAACUGUUUUUGAUUAUUUUGUGGAUUUACGAACAGGAGAAUUUGAACCAUGGGCAAAUUUAGUUCCUAGCACACAGUUUCUUAUUCAGAAGGAAACUGCAGGUAGAUCAAAUCCUGAUAAAGCAGAAAAAGAUGAAGAAAAGAGAUGUGAGCUUUCUACAUUUAUUCCCAACAUUGAUACAAUUCGGCACCAUUUCCUAACGAGCCUUCUUUUACUGAAUAAACAUCCAGUAUUAAUAAUAGGAGACCCCGGUAGUGGAAAGACUACCAUGAUUGAGAACAUGCUUCAAAAACUUCAGAGACAAGGUGGAUUAAAUAUAAGAAUGGGAACUAUUUUAGGAGAUGUCUUUUAUUACAGAGAAACAACAAGAACCAGAUCUUCACAGCAUAAUCUCUUAUCAAAGCACAUUCAGUAUGAAGUAAUAAAAAUACUUUCAGUUCCAAUGCAACAUUUCCAUCAGGAAAACAUUUUCCUCCCUCAGAAGUCCAGAGAAGUAAAACUUUCAGAUGAUAACUGUUUCAGUUUACAUAUUGAUUUGGAAAGUGCAGUGUCAAACCUGAGCUCAAGAGAAGAGCCUGAUCUGGAAGAAACAUGUACGAGUGGUGCUAUUAUUUCUGCGUUGCAGUUGAAUGCUCAUACCAAUGCUGCCCAAACAAAGGCUUUGAUUCUUCAGAAAUUAAUACUAAAAAGUAAGGAUAUCCUGGGUGCUCCACAAUUUAAACAGGUUUUACUGUUUAUUGAUGAUCUGAAUGCACCUAUACCAGAGGAGUAUGGGUCCCAGCCACCACUUGAGCUAAUUAGACAGUUUCUUGAUCUAGGAGGUUUUUAUGACACGGAGCAGCUUACAUGGAAGAAUGUCCAGGAUGUUGCUAUGGUUGCCACUUGUACACCGCCGAGUGAAGGAAGUAAUGAGAUUAGUGCUCGUCUUCUGACAUGUUUCUGCACAUUAGUUUUGCCUGUAACUUCUUUACAAUCCUUACAACGUAUUUUCCAGGUGCGACUAGGAGCAUACUUGCAUAUCAAGAGAUUCAUGGCUGAAGUUCAGAAAUGCAAAGAUAAUUUAACGUGCGCCUCUAUGGCUGUGUACUAUAGAAUGCUUCAGAAAGUGCGUCCAACUCCAGUUAAAUGCCAUUACACGUUUAAUCUACGGGAUCUUUUUAAGGUACUUGAAGGAUUGCUCCAAGCUCACAAGUCUGUCAUUGUCUCAAAAGAAUCAAUAGUGUUGCUAUUUGUACAUGAAUGUACCCGAGUUUUCCAUGAUCGUCUGAUUGAUUCUCCAGAACGGGAAGCUUUCUUUCAAAUUCUAUCAAAUGAGGUCAAUAACUAUUUCAAGAUUCCCUGGACAAAAGAUCAGUUGAUGGAAGAACCGCCCCUAUUUGUGGAUUUUCUGGAUUCAAACCAGCCUGUGCACAAGAGAGUCUAUAGAAACGUCACCAACAAGACACAUCUACUUUGGGUCCUAGAAGAACAGUGCAUUAAAAUGCAGGGAGUAAGCCCUCAGGGUAUUUCCAUAGUGUUUUUUAAAGAAGCAAUACAACAUGUAACAAGGGCAGCAAGAAUUUUUCGACAAAAUGGUAGUCACAUGACAUUGGUUGGUCAUGGUGGAACUGGGAAGGUGACCUGUGCAUCCUUAGCCUGUUACUUAUCUGCAUGCAGCCUCUACAGGUUAUCUAUUUCCCGUAAUUACACCUAUGGAAAUUUUAGAGAAGAUCUGAAAGAAGUUUGUAAGCAGGCAGGUGUGGGAGGCAGGAGGACUGUUUUUCUCAUCACAGAAUCUGAUAUAAUUCAAGAGGCAUUUUUAGAAGACCUGAGUUGUAUCCUGAAAUCAGGACAUGUGCCCAAUUUAUUUGAGAAGGAUGAGUUGGAUAACAUCAUGGUGCCACUUGUAUCUGUUGCUGAAAAGGCUAAGUACUCUAACACAAUUGAUGAUAUCUACUCAUUUUUCUUACAGAAAGUACGCAGCAAUCUUCAUAUUGUUUUGACAACAAGUUAUACAGGACUGACCUUCCGUCAGCGUUGUCGGACAUAUCCUGCCACUAUUAAUUGCUGCACAGUUGACUGGUAUGACACUUGGCCUGAAGAAGCCCUUUGCCAUGUUGCACAAAGUUACUUUAAACAUGACAACUCAUUUCAGAAUCAGAACUUAAGUGUGCUUGUUGAUAUAUGUGUUAAUAUUCAUAAAAAUGUAUCUAUCAUAACUGAAAAGUACUUGAAGGAAACUAAAAGGCAUUACUACAUCACUUCCAAUAGUUAUCUACAGUUCAUAAAAACCUUUUCAACCAUACUGAAGUCAAUGAAAGAGAAAAUUAUGAGUGACAGAACUUGCUAUCAUUCUGGUCUCACCAAAAUACUAGAAGCAACCUCACAGAUUACAGUUAUGCAAAAUGAGUUACUUGUCCUUGGUCCUCAAAUUGAGAAAAAAUCAAAGGAAAUAGAGGAACUUGUGGAAAAACUUCACAAAGAUGCAUUAGUUGUGGAGCAGGUUCGAGCUAUUGUUAAACAGGAUGAAGAAAUUAUGGCUGCAGAAACACACACUGUGGAAGAAUAUGCACAGCAAGCAACAGAGGAGCUCAAUGCUGUAAUGCCAACUUUGGAAAAAGCUGUCGCUGCUCUUGAUGCACUUGACAAAAACCACAUUGCAGAAGUUAGAGUGUAUGCUCGCCCUCCUCCACUUGUACUUACUGUUAUGAAUGCAGUUUGUGUCCUUCUUCAAAAGAAACCUAACUGGGCAACAGCAAAAUUGCUGCUUGCAGAUCCUGGGUUCCUAAAGAAGUUGGUUAAUCUUGACAAAGAUAAUCUACCAGAAAAGGUGCUUCUGCAGUUGAAAAAAUAUGUAAGGAUGCCUGAUUUCAACCCCUUAAAAGUAGGACUUGUGUCUGUUGCCUGCUGCUCCAUGUGUCAAUGGGUUUUAGCUUUAGAUAACUAUCACCUUGUAAAAAAGUUUGUAGAGCCAAAACAAUUGAAGGUAGCUGAAGCAGAGGAGCUACUAAAACUUGCACAUCAAAAAUUGACUGAUAAACAAAGAAGUUUAGUGCUGAUUGAACAACAUCAGCAAAAUUUAGAAAGAAGGUUUGGAGAAAGUAUUGCUGAGCAAGAAACGCUAGCAGCUAGAAAAGAUCAAACAACACGCCGUUUGCACUGUGCAUCUGUGUUAAGCACAGCUCUGAAGGAUGAAAUGGCACGCUGGAAAGAAUCUGUUAAGAAUUUCGAUCAAAGGUUGCAGGGAAUCGUGGGUGAUGCCUUUGUUUCAGCAGCUUGUAUUGCCUAUAGUGGAGUAUUAUCAGCAUCAUAUCGUCAACAACUAGUGAAUGACUGUCUGAAACUCUGCAAAAAAAGCAAUAUUCUAGUAUCUCCAAAUUAUUCACUAGUAAAUUGCAUGACAGAAAAAAAUGAGGUUCGCAAGUGGCAAAAUGCAGGCUUGCCACUUGACCAGUACUCUACAGAAAAUGCUAUACAUAUUAUGUAUGGACAACGUUAUCCUUUGCUAAUUGAUCCAGAAAGACAAGCAUACAAAUGGAUAAGUCAAAUGAGUGGUAAACUACGCCAAAUUCGUGUUACGGAUGCUAAUUAUUUUAGAACACUUGAAAACUCUAUGCGUCUUGGUGAAUCAGUCCUACUACAGGAUUUCAGUGAAACACUGGAUUCAAAUAUGAAGCCAGUCUUAAAAAAGGAAAUCUACAACAAAUCAGGGCAAGACUUCAUUAGAAUAGGAGAUUCUGAAAUUGAGUGCAACCAAAACUUCAGAUUAUACUUGACAACACAAAAACCCAACCCCCAUUUUCUGCCAGCAAUAUGCAGUAUUGUGACAAUGAUAAAUUUCACUGUAACAUUUGAAGGUUUGCAAGAUCAGCUUUUAUCUGCUGUUCUAAUUAAGGAGAAACCAGAGGUUGAACACCGGCGUUGUGAGUUGCUAGAAAGCAUAUCUGCUGACCUAAUAACACUUCGUGAACUGGAACAAAAGUCACUUAGGCUUCUCCAAAAAACAGAUGGACAUAUUCUAGAUGAUGGAGACCUUAUUGACACUUUGCAAAGAUCUAAAAUCACCUCAACAGAAAUUUUUGAGCGUGUUGAAGCAUCUGCAGCAACAGAAAUUAAAAUAGAGGCACUACGUGAAAGCUAUCUUCCUAUUGCAACUCGUGGCGCCAUCCUCUACUUUGUAGUAUCAGAUCUUUCUCAUAUCAACUAUAUGUAUCAGUUUCCCCUGGAGUGGUUUCAUAAGAUCUUUGAAGACUCUGUAGAGUACAUACUCAAAUUAAAAAUUGGGGUUUCAUUGAGUGCCCCAGGAAUUUUUAAGCCUCGGUCAGUUUUUAAGACUCAAUCAGAGAGACUUCCCAUCAUAGAAGAUGAGAACGAAAUAGAGAGUAGCACAGUCAAUUUCCAAGGACAUGUUAAUGCUAUAAUAGAGAAAUUAACAAAAAAUGUUUAUAAGAGAGUUUCUUCAGCUCUGUUCAGUGAGAAUCAGCUAUGCUUUGCUUUUCUGAUGUGUACAGCAAUUAUGAAAAAUAAGUCUGAUGGAAAUCUAUUUACUAACAAGUUUGGAUUUAUACCAGAGAAUCAGUGGAACUUCUUCCUUCAGUCUAGCAUAAUGGCAAAUAUUAUGGACGCGCAGGACUCUGAGACUAUUGGUUCACGUGCAUUCAAGAAAACUCCACCACUCCAUUGGAUUACUGACAUGAUGUGGAAAGAAUGCAGGUACAUGAGCACUCACAUGCCAGCAUUCAGCCUCUUGUGUGAUUCCCUUUCAACAAAUUCUCAGCAAUGGAGAGCUUUUCUAAAUAGUCAGCAUGUAUAUUAUUUGAUCAGUACGGGCCAUAGACCAGUGUCACCAAUGCAAGACCCAAAAUUAGAAGUACCGAGAGAAAGUGAUGUUCAGGAGAGUGGACCUUUAAUUUUCCCUUGGGAGAAACUUUCUUCAUUCGAAAGACUUAUUUUGAUAAAAGUUCUUCGGUUAGAAAGCUUAACUAGUGCAGUACAUGCAUUUAUAGCUGAGAAAUUGGGGAAAUACUAUCUUCAGAUUGGAGGAAUUAAUUUGAAAGCAGUAUAUGAAGAAGAAUCUAAUGCCAUAACUCCAAUAAUUCUCAUUCAUACUCAAGGUGUAGAUAUUGCAGCUCUCUUUCUACGCCUUGCCCAGGAAAUAAAAGGAAAUACACAGCAUGUGAAAAUGAUAUCUCUGGGACGUGGUCAAGGGAGCAAAGCUGAAGAUUUGAUAUAUAAAUCAAGUAUACUGCAGGGACAGUGGGUAUUCCUCCAGAAUUGUCAUCUUGCAGCUUCGUUUAUGCCCAGACUCUGCAAAAUUGUUGAAUCAUUUACUCGAUCACAGACAAAUAUAGACCCUCAGUUUAGACUCUGGUUAAGUUCAACGCCAGAUCCAUCUUUCCCUGUACCAAUCUUGCGGAAGGGCCUUAAGAUUGUAAUAGAACCUCCCCACGGACUAAAGGGAACACUGCUUCAAACAUUUGGAGUAAGUGGUACUGAAAUAGUAACGGAAGCUGUAUUCAACACCACCACCUGUGGGCCAUCAUGGAAAAGGUUGCUGUUCAGUCUGUGCUUCUUCAGUGCUGUAGUUCAUGAAAGAAAGAAGUAUGGAGCUUUGGGCUGGAACAUUCCAUAUGAAUUUAAUUCUUCAGAUUUAGAGAUUUCGAUCCAGGUGCUGGAGAUUCUUCUUGGGAAUCAAGAGAAGAUUCCUUGGGAAGCACUGCGUUAUAUGACUGGCGAAGUAACAUAUGGAGGCCGUGUAACUGAUAAUUGGGAUCGUCGGUGCAUUCUUAACAUUUUGGAUAAUUUCUAUAGCCCUUCUGUAUUGCAGAAGGACUUUGCUUACACUACUGAUUGGGUAUAUCAACCCAUAUCUGAAAAAGAUACUUUGAAAGACUGCAGAGCCUAUCUACGAUCUCUUCCAGAGAGCGAUUCUCCAGAACUCUUUGGAAUGCAUCAUUGUGCAGAAAGAGCAUACCUAAAGUCUCAAGCACAGUUACUUAUUGAGUCAGUUGCCAGGACUCAACCAGCAAUGACUACAGACACUCUCAUCAUCAGUGGCAGAAAGACUCAAGAUGAAAUAGUAUUGGAAAUAGCAUCUGACAUUCAAAAUAGGCUACCACUGACUGUAGAAGAUAUGGGACAGACACCUGAAACUGAACCCAAAGAAAAUGUUACAUUUGAAAGCUUCAAAUCAGGCUCAGUUUGGGCUGCACUUGCAAAGGUUGCAAAAGGUCAGAACUUGGAUUUACAUAAUAUAAAAUUAAAAUUAGCUAUAACUUGCAAGAAGGAAUAUACGUAUAUAUAUUCUUAUAACCAGUGGGUCUUAUUUUCUAUUGUAGGUCCUGGUUCUUUUAUGAGAUCAACUUUGCUGAUUGUCUUGCAUCAGGAGAUUAAAAGGUAUAAUCAUUUAUUAUCCAUAAUAAUGCAGUCAUUACAUGGACUUCAACAAGGUAUCAAAGGCGAGAUUAUCUUCACCACAGCACUAGAAGAGCUUUAUAAUUCAGUAUUGAAAAACAAACUUCCUGAACUAUGGCAGCAACAUUCCUAUAAAUCACUUAAACCUAUGGGAUCCUGGAUUGAUGACCUUGUUUUACGAGUGACUUUCUUUUCCACGUGGGCUAAACAAGUUAUCACCUUUAUGGAAUCAAGGCAUCAUUAUUUAGUGGUACUUCAGAAGCUAACCAAAACAACUAUGCAACCUGGUGAGGAACCUGACCCCUUUGAUGGCAGCUCUCAGGUACACCCCAGCUGCUUUUGGCUUCCAGCUUUCUUCUUUCCACAAGGAUUUCUUACUGCAGUUCUUCAGAAUUACGCUCGGCAGAAAGCAUUGCCAGUGGAUUCUCUUAAUUUUAUCCACAAAGUUAUUCCAUUCGUUCAGGAUGAAGAUCAGAGUCUUAGAUUUUUCAGCGCAAAAGAAGCUAUAAUAAACAAAGCAUUUAAGGAAUCUUCUCGGUGUGAAACUGGAGUUAUAGUUUGUGGCUUAUACAUAGAUGGUGCUUGCUGGAAUCCCACUACAAAGGCAUUGGAAGAACCUGAGCUUCACCAGAGAUUUUAUCCACUACCAGACAUACAUUUUUUGCCAAAAAAGAUGGCCUCCCAUGCAAGACCCCAUUGUCUGGAGGAGGAGGAAGUCUUGCUAUUUUAUGAAUGUCCACUAUACAGGACACCUGAAAGAUCAGGAACACUGUCCUCUACAGGUAUAUCAACUAAUUUUAUAACAGUAGUUAACCUACCAAGUCUUAUAGCACCCAGCCACUGGAUAACAAGAGGUGUUGCACUGUUAUGCCAACUAGAUGACUGAGAAAAUGCAAAAAAUAAUUACCCCUUAAACUUUGAUAUGCUUCAGACUGUUGGACCACCUGAUGUUUUGGUAAACUGAUGCUUAAGA